UCUUCUCUGAAAGAAGAAUUAGGGGGAGUGAUUAAGCGAGCGAGCGAGAGAGAGAAAUGAGAGCGAGAUAGUUGAGCUCACAUGAGAGGAAGUGCAAGACAGAAAAGUCAGAGGCAGCUCGUUGUGUCAAGCAUUUGACUGUGACUCCCUUUGUCAGUGCACAGCCGGGCUCCAGCGCUGCAGCACCACUCCCCUGUCAAAGAAGGAGCUAUCUCCUCCCUGAGCCUCUCCGUCGGCCCUACUGCUGCUUCUGUGAUUGACUGGACUGCUGUGGGAGCACUGUGGAACCUCUCGCUGAAUGUCAGCACCCAAAACUGUGGAUGUGAUCAUCAGCAACCAGUCUUCAUUACCCGCUAGUGGGAACCAGCCAAUGGACUUAAGAGUGACCCACAGGUUGUUACAUCCAGGCCCAGAUACGGCCAUGCUGGCCCCCCGUCCUCCCUUCUUCCUGGGACCCCUCACCAGUCAGCAUUGCCCGCAGUUUCCCCAGCAGCACUUACAGUAUAACAUUGAACAACGACCUCGAGAAAUGGAGGAAGAGGAAAGAGAAGAGCUGCAACAGCUGAUACGAAAGAGUAAAAAUGAGCAGAGUGCUAUAGCCAGUCCUUUGGUGAGGCAGAAGCUUCGAGAACAUAUAAUUAUGAAAAGCCAACCUACCCAUGAUAGGGUCACUCCCAAUCACAGCAGUCCAACAUAUGGGCCACCGGUCCCUGACAUGCCCCCAAAUCCUCAGCCUACACCCUGUGACCAGCGUAAGGACAUCCCCCUGCGAAGAACAGUCUCUGAGCCCACACUGAAGUGGAAGUUAAAGAAACUCAUCACCACAAGGCCAAACCCACUGCAGCGUAAGAUCAGUGCCCCUCCUGCUGUCAAGCACAGGACAGAAACUCUGGACUCCUCCCCAAGAAGCAGCAGCAAUCCAGCUUCUGGCUGCAGCUCCCCAAAUGACAGCCUCCAUUCAGAUAAUGGAUCCCUCCCAUCGGCUCAUGAGUCACAGAGGUUGCUACUGAAGGAUGGUAAUUUAGCACAUUUCACCUUGCCCCCCAAACCCACUGCGAUGCCUAACAUCACUGCUGGACUUCCUGCCCAGGCUGACUUACGAGUAGCCAGGCCAUUGGCAGUGUCUGCUCUGCAUCAGGUCUACAUGCCUCUGGAAGGAAGCAGUCCAGCCCUAGCUCAGCGCCUGCAACCUGUGCUCAUACUGGAACCACAUACAGGGCUGGUGCGCCCCCAGCUUGUCUCACUUCAUGGUUUGAGUUCUGUUCCUCUGCAGCAGCCUCACCUGUCCUCCCCCUCUAGAAGAGAUGGCUUAGUCACUUUGUCCUCCCACAAACCUUUGGAGCGAACACGCUCGGAGCCACCACCCUACAGCCACUCACCCCUACCUCUGCAUACCAGCCAUCACCUGCACCCCCAGCAUCAGCUGCACUCCCAGCAUCAGCUCCCCCAGCAAUACUACAAGAGCGGGCUGGAAAGGUUCAAGCAGAAUUCACAUCUGAGCAAGCUGACAAGCAAGUCCAUUGAGAAACCUCGCCUGACACAGAUUCCAUCGGAGGACAUGGACCUGGAGGAGAUUGGAUCAGGAUCAGGUUCAGGGACGGGAUCUGUGUGUGGCUCAGAACCAGGCUCAAUGUGUGAGGAUGGCAACUGUAGGAGACAGAGCACUGCCAGCACAGAUUCAGUUUACGACACAGAGUCCACUACCUCCUCCCGGGAGAGCUUGAUCGAACCUUCACAUCCUUUCAGUCAGAGGCAGGUGACCCUUAGACCAGGUCUCCAGCUGGAUCCCCUGAGUGUGCCUACCCUAAUUUGGCCCCACCAGCCUCUGGUUCGGACCCAGUCCUCCCCAGCUUCCACCUCCCUGCCACCUACUUCAAAUCCACCCACCUCCAUAGCUUCCCUGUCACUGUCCAGCCCUGCUGCAGACAUCCAGCUACGCUUCACCACAGGUCUAGUUUAUGAUGCUCAGAUGCAGAAGCACCAGUGUAUCUGUGGGGACAACAGUCGCCACCCUGAGCACGCAGGGAGAGUCCAGAGCAUUUGGUCCAGACUGCAUGAAAGAGGCUUAAGGAGCCAGUGUGAGCGCAUCCGUAGUAGAAAGGCCACCAUAGAAGAGCUGCAGUCUGUCCAUUCGGAAAAACAUGUGCUAUUGUUUGGAACCAACCCACUCAACCGCCUAAAACUGGACAACCCCAAACUUGCUGGAAUUCUAUCUCAACAGAUUAUUGUGAUGCUACCAUGUGGAGGGGUUGGGGUAGAUGAUGAUACAAUCUGGAAUGAACAUCACACAUCAACAGCUUCCCGUAUUGCUGCAGGAUGUGUCACAGACCUGGCCCUGAAGGUGGCACAAGGAGAGCUGAAGAAUGGCUUUGCAGUGGUGAGGCCCCCUGGACACCAUGCAAACCAUUCCUCCCCCCUGGGCUUCUGUUUCUUCAACUCUGUGGCCAUCGCUGCCAAGCAGCUCCAACACAAACUCAACGUCAGCAAGAUCCUCGUAGUGGACUGGGACGUGCACCAUGGCAAUGGCACCCAGGAGGCCUUUUAUAAUGAUCCCAGUGUGCUGUACAUCUCUCUACAUCGCUAUGACGACGGCAACUUCUUUCCUGGUAGUGGACAUCCGAAUGAGGUGGGUGCAGGUGCAGGCAAGGGCUUCAAUGUGAAUGUAGGAUGGACAGGAGGUUUGAACCCUCCAAUGGGUGAUGCAGAAUACCUGGCUGCAUUCAGAGCUGUGGUGAUGCCUAUCGCUCAUGAGUUCUCCCCUGAUGUGGUGCUCGUGUCAGCUGGCUUUGAUGCCGUAGAAGGACAUUCGUCACCGCUGGGAGGCUACAAGGUCACAGCCAAGUGUUUUGGCUUCUUGACCCGUCAGCUGAUGUCACUAGCAGGGGGUCGUGUGGUUCUGGCUCUGGAGGGGGGACACGACCUCAAAGCCAUCUGUGAUGCCUCUGAAGCCUGUGUCAGCGCCUUGCUGGGGAUGGAGGUGGAGCCUCUGUCCCAGUCAGUGUUAGACCAGAAGCCUUGUGAGAAUGCAGUGCGUUCUCUGCAGAGAGUCAUCCAGGUUCAAGGUGAGUACUGGCAGAGUGUGAAGGAUUCGGCCGCCACGUUGGAUCUGUCCUACCUGCAGGCGCAGAGACGAAGACUGAGGCGAGACUCAGACAGCGAGGCCGUCAGCGCCAUCGCCUCCCUGUCGAUGGGAACCCUCACGUCUGACAGGAAACAUCCUGAAAAACUCAUGGAGAAAGGCGAUUCUCUCUGAAGAACUGAAGAAAGAGUCUUCUGACAGUUGCCUUCAACCAAAUCUCAGUGGAAACACACACAUAAACACACAAACUAUGUAUCUGGAUCAUCACUGGAAGCAGAUGUCACCUCACAGAAACUCCACCUGCGUUACUACUGGCUGCAGUCUGACCACUCUGAUUCAAACACACACUGAGGAACAGCAUUCGUCUGGGCCACAUUCAUAUUCUUAUGAUGUUUUUGCAGACUUUUCUUGAAGGGGACGUCACUCAGUGAACUAAAAGUUAGAAAAAGACAACCAAAAGCAGAUUGAUGAAGGAUCUUCACUCUUUUUGUAGUAUUAGGAUAAUCCUGACGUAGCAUAAACCAACUUGAGAAAUCACAUCUCUGUGACUUUACACUUUGUAAAUGUCUCCAGGAGGACCGCUCGGACUGUUGUAGCCUUGAAGGAGGGGUCAGGAUCUCCUCGGCUCACUGGAGCUCAGAGCUAAAGCAGUGGAGCAGGUGAAGGAGAGCAGACGUAUCCUCUACACUCAAUAUGAUGAUGUCAUUUGUCUGCAUGUGACAAAGAUCCAAUGAAGGAAAAGAUCGGCGUUUUUCCGAUCAUCUUGCACUGCACUGUUCUGCAAUGUAAACUGGACGAGAGGGAGGAGAUGCAUGUUGACAAUCAAACAUCUUGUUUGUUCAUAUGUUUAGUUUAAUUGAAUAUUCAUUCAUUUGACUUAUGGCACACAUUUUUGUGAAUGUCAGCAUGAGAUGUUUUUAAAAGAAUCCAUUUAUCCAGAGUGAAGCUACAAUGAAGUCUGAGAUACAUAUGUUUCAUAUUGUUCUGUAUGUCCACAUAUUUUCUUAAAUCUUUUUUUUUCUUUCUUUCUUGGCCUGUCAGGCGAGCACACGCAGCAGGACCUUUGAUCGCUGCAGUUAUUGUUGUUGCUCCCUGACAAAUACAAAAGACACGUCAGUCUUUGAUGAAGCGCAUCUUAAAUAUGUAAACAUGCUGUAGUUUGUAUCAGUGGCAUUAGUCACAAGAAAGAGCUAAUACCUCUAAUCACCGGGGCAUCAGUAUCAGGGCAGAAAGUUAUUACUCUGAAAUGUUCCCAAAAAAUAUUCUUGUUCCUACGCGUCAGGAAUCCCCCAUGAUGCCUCAGUGCAAUGUGACCACUCUUUGAUUGAUUGUAUAUGUGACAAUGCAGAUCACACUUCGAUAUUUUGGAUGAAACUCGCAUCCAAAGACUUUACGACAAUCACACAGACACAAAGUGCACUUACACUGCCCUCAGAUACGAGGGUCCAGUUGAUUUGGGUGUCGAUAUCUAAACAUGGUUGUGAAGUGGACCAGUGUUUGUACCUGUGGAUGAGCAUUCCUGCUGUAUUUGUUAAAUGUCUUUUUUUGUAACAAUUUUUUUUUCUUUUAACAAAGACAAUCUGAUCUGUCCUUUGUUCAUCAUUUACGUAGCGCCGGUCUGUUUACCGUCAGCAUCGGGGAUGUUUUGCUCCCUGGACCAAACAAUAGCAUUUUAGUAGAGCAAUAACACUGAGAUAGUUGAAUAUCCACACAGUGCAAUUGGACACAGGUUAAGCGCAACCAAAGCUUAUGAGAACAAUGUGCUGUCCCUGGACUGGCAUGGCCUAAAGAACUUCAAAGACUUUGAAGAGUUUGUGAAUGUUUCUUUUCUUCUAUCCAAACAGUCAAAAAAGCACCGAAAGCACAGGACAGAUAUAUAAACAAAUUCAUUUGACAUGACUUCUAUUUAUACAGUCAGAUUCUGUGUCUUUGAAGUGCUCUUUGCGUGUCGAACACAAUUAUGACGGUGCUAAUACAAUAUGUUUGCCUUUUUUUUUCCUUGUUUGAUUCUUUCUUUAUGUAGCAUUGUGUAUGGAACUCAAAACCUGUUUAAUAUUUGUUAAAGAAAAUGUGAAAACAAAUAGCAGCGAGAGCGGAGCAGUUUGAGCUCCAUGCAGAACAGAGGAGUGUAGCUUUGAGGAAUUUUACAAGAACAUUCAUGACAUUGACCUGACGUGUCUUAUCUUUUUCUGUCUUAAUGCAAAUGAUUUAUUUUUAUAUUGGAUCUCAAAAAUGAACCCUGUGCGUACUUAGAGACCAAAUUAUCAGUUGAUUGUCACGCUGACCAACCUGUGUGAAGGUAGCCUUAACAAACUGGAGCUUAAUUCAAGCUGCAGGCCAAGUCCAGUUUCAUCAUAACUGACUGUGUGAUAUUGUUUCUGUACAGUGUACAUGGAAACUUUUUUUUGUCUGCCUUUCGACUUUUCUAUUUCCCAAAAAAGUCCUUAAUAAAGGUAAAUUGUAUAUGUUUGAAUGAAAAA